UUUGAGGAUUGGUGGGCAAUCACUGCCACAAAGGAUGCUCGAGACCAGCCUCAACAGCCAACCUAAAUGUGUGUCGCAGGGCAGCACAGGCGAAAGUUGCCGCAAUUUGACGUUGUACGGAGUGCCCGUGAUUGAAAUCUCCUUGUCGCUGAUGGACUUCGCCCCGCUGAGCCCUCGAGUUGUCGCAAAGGAUGAGGACAAACACCGAAGGGCAAGAAGACGACGAGAAGACGACGACGAAAUGGAAAAUCGAGGUUCAAGACGAAGAGACAGAGAGUCUCGACGGGGUUUGGCGACUCCCCAAGGGUUGUUGGCUCUUACUCUGCAUGCAGCCAGUCAGAAGGCGGGACAAAAACGCAAGAUGCGACGAUCCAAAGAAGGGUCGAGAGCAAAUCAGCAGCUGCACUCGAUUCCGGGAAUCAAUACACGCCUCCCGCUGCGACUGGCCGUUAUGAUCUGGCGUGUGUGUGGUCGGUGGAAGGUGUAGGUGUGGGCGUGUGCUUAGGGAUGUUGGUGAUCUGGGUCUGAAAUUGUCCAACUGCUCUCCUGCGCGCAUUCCACCAGGGACAACAAAGAACCUUAUAUGAAUGACAAGGAAGACGACUGGCUAAAAGCGCCAAAGACUCGAGGGGUCGAAGGAAUUAUCGAUUACGGAGUGUGCGAAGGUGUUGGGAGACGAGGGAUUGUGGUUUCGCGUUGUGUUUAUGUAUAGAUGGCCGGGUCGUGAUUGCCCCAAAUCCGCUUUCCUGCUUGACGGGACCAGAUGAAAAUAACAAUAGACAAACAAAUCUGCGGCUGUUCUUUCCCGUCCCAGAAUAUGUUGCAACGAUCUGCUCCGCUCGAGUAUACUUCGUCCAGAGGGUUGAUCGGCCGAGGGAAGGAAAUGCUGUUGCAGUACUUUGCGACCGGUAACUUCAAGGGGAGUGCGUCUGCUAGCAAUUGAAUGCAGCACAGGUGGUA